UCAAUUAAAAUUAAAAAAAAAAGACAUAUUGUGAAAUGACAAAUAAUUUGCAAUGUCACCAGAAUGAAGUUGCGAUAUCCAAAGUAUAACGAUAUCAUUUUUAUUCUAUGCAACAAUUCAUGAUUUUAUGACUGUUAAUUAAUUACAUUUUUAUGGCAUGUAUACAAGUAGGCCUAAUGUCAAAUAUCAAAACAAAUCAAAUACGUGUUUUGAGACUUUUAUUUUUUGAAACUUCUUUACAUAUCAAUAAAUGUAAAACAGGCAUAACAAAAUGCACCAUGGACGAACCAUUUUUUUUUCUUUGUUUUUUUACUUGGACGCCGUCGUCUCCUUCACUAGGAGUGAGCGAGAACCAGAGGGCAAAGUUCACAGUUCAUCACUGCCGACUGACCGGCCCGCACUGCAGUUAAAAGGCCUCGUUGAGUGCCGGUUGGCCGAGCCACCCGACACUAUUCUAGGUACACCCGCGCCGCUAAAAUGUCGAUAUUAUUUAGAUCUUUUAUUUAGCUUUGCGUCAAGAUCCAAAUACCACAAACAGUUUUAGUACUUCUGCCACCUCAUUUGGGGAAUUAAUAGUCAUAAAAGUUAGCAAAAUUCAACAUCGUCCAAGAUGUACAGUGAACUCCAGUUUCUCAACGUCAAAGGGUGCGAUCAAAGAGACCAUAAAUUAUUGCAAUGUUUGUGUCAAGUGAAAAUGGAUGCUACUACAUCUAGCAUGCUUCCUGUGCUUACACAUCCCAACAGGAUUGAGUCCUGAAAAUACAUCCGCUAAGAGCCUCUGGUAUCUCACCGGAGUUUUUCCAAGAUGUGACAAUGAGGCACUCUGUGAGCACAGUGUUCCAGUCCAAAGACUAGCUGUCAUGUUGGACCUUUUUCCACAACAGUGGAAUAUCCGACAAGAAAACUUUGGUGCCAAGGAGCUACGUAGAAACGGCUGAUCGCGGGGCGUGUGCAGCGUGUGGACGACUCGGAUGGACGGAGACACCUGCAGGACGCCCGAGACAUGCGGCCAAAGAAGAGAAAUGAUGGUGUCCUCACCUACCACAUACCGUUCAAUAUCAGACUUCUGGCCAGUGAGGCUCCAGAGUCCAAGUGUCCGCCGCCUGAGUUGAGACUUAGUGCGCCGGUGACAAAGAUGAACUCUCGCUGGUGCAUUAAACAGAAUAAACGGGAUGACGCCACGGAGGCGGCGCGUGGAUACAGGCUGCGGCGAGGCACCCUCUCCUAUACCUCCACCAGGCUACUGCAGGUGAAAAUGGAGGCUGAAAUUCAAGAGGCAAAAGAAUUGAUUCGACCCUUACUGGAAAAAGAACAAGACUUGGAGACUUUCCUGAAGACGCAGGAUGAAGGCAAGAUGAUGAAAAGGGAGGUGGUGCGUAAGUGGUUACACGAGGACUUCUGGGCUACGCUCCAAAAGAAGCUCGACCACCACAUGGCCGUCUGCAACCCAGCUGAGAUCAAAAUGCGCCAGAACUUGUUCCAACAAUUUCUCAAUCACGGAAACGCAAAGGGCUAUGUGUUCUUGGAUAUUUGUGACCUGGACGCAUACAAUCCGUAUCUCCACCACGGCAAAAAACCACACAAUUGUAAGCUGAGGUUGGCCGAGCUGAAGGAGAAGGAAUCAUUCUACGAGAAGUUCAAGACGAGGAAGACUCGCUGUGAAGCAGGGUGUCAGUACAAGUGGAUCACUCCAAGCCGAGACCAAGAUGGUGACUAUGCGACACCUGCGAUCGACUUAUUUACUGAGCAGUCACCCGACAACAGCACCACGGACAACACGAGGUCGAGCCUGGACAUACCGUUCCAUGUACGUGAGUCCUUCGCUCUGGACGGGACUUGCCAUCACAGCGGCUGCUGGUUUUCCAGAUGAGUAGCGCUUUUUUAAAUUCAUAUCAAUGAAGUCUGUUUUAUUGACCCAAUCACACACACACUGGCGGCGAUAACAAAGCCCCAACAAAGAGGACUGUUGAUAUGUACAAUGCACACAACUGUACAGCAUGUCCAAUUUAUUCAUUUAACAUGUUGACUUUUUACACAACGUCUUUCUAUGCUAUCUGCAUUGUGUACAUGAGCUAACGCUACCCAACAUGUCUGUACCAAUAAAAGCAUUACUUCAACAGGCACAUCAA